AUAAUAGGCAUAUCGCGGGAAGAGUUCAUCAAGAGAAGCUCGGGACAAGCUACGAUAUAUACAGUGCUGUGUUUCGGACGUCUUGGUCCAAGGAUUUCCAUUUUAUUUACAGAAGCGUUGGACUACAGAUGCAGAUAACUUAGCGUGGAUAUUUAGCGCUUGACGAUCCAACAGAUUUCCGUAUCCAAAACUGCAGAGUCAGUGUGAGAAGAAGUCGUCACGCUGGAACCAUUUGUUGAACACACCGGCACUUUUAUGCUGGACUGGACUUUACGGCAUUUAUUGAUCAGGACUAUCUGGACAUUUAAACAAUCUUUAAGACAAUCUUAGUACAAAUUUAUUAAAAAUGUAUUCCAUAAGGACGUGUGGGAAACAUUUUCUGAGACAAUUGAAUGUCUCAGGCCGUUGUGUUCGGCUUGCUUCGUCUUCAAAAGUGAGGCCCCAACAGGCCGCCGCGGUUGUAGCCAAAGAGCCGUUUCUAAGUGGAAGCAGUAGCAAUUAUGUGGAGGAGAUGUAUGCAUCGUGGCUUGAAGACCCCAAAAGUGUGCAUAGGUCAUGGGAUGCAUAUUUUCGCAAUGUGAGUCUUGGGAAACCCCCAGGCCAGGCUUAUUAUCCUCCUCCUGUGCUUGGCAAGCCAGUUGCCGUGGCAACAGCCAUGCCAUCCGCUGUGGACCAAUCAAAUAUAACUGCUAUUGUAGAUGAUCACUUGGCUGUCUAUUCAAUGAUCCGCUCUUAUCAGAUCCGCGGUCACAGAAAAGCCAUGCUAGAUCCAUUAGGUAUUCUGGAGGCUGAUCUCAAUGAAGACACGCCGCCAGACCUCAAGAUGGAAUACUGGGGCCUAGGCGAGCAGGAUCUGGACAAAGUGUUCCGACUGCCUAAUAGCACCUUCAUCGGAGGGGAAUCAGCGACUGCCCUUACUCUAAGAGAUAUAGUCGACAGACUUGAAAAGACGUACUGCCACCAUGUUGGUCUGGAUUUUAUGUUCAUUCCAGAGAAAUAUAAAUGUGACUGGAUCCGAAAAAAGUUUGAAAUGCCAGGGCAUGAUGUCCUCACAAGAGAUGAAAAGCGCACCUUGCUUGCAAGACUGGUUCGAUCUACAGGGUUUGAGGGUUUUUUGGCCAGGAAGUGGUCAUCUGAGAAGCGCUUUGGACUUGAGGGCUGUGACGUCCUUGUUCCAGCCAUGAAAGCCAUCAUUGACAAGUCCAGUGAGCUUGGUGUAGAGAGUGUUGUUAUGGGGAUGCCACAUAGAGGUAGACUGGAUGUGCUUGCCAAUGUCUGUCGUAAGCCCUUGGAGCAGAUCUUUACACAAUUUGAUCCCACUUUGGAACCAUCAGAUGAGGGUUCGGGAGAUGUGAAGUACCAUCUGGGAAUGUCUCAUCAGCGACUGAACAGAGGAACUAAUAAAAUUAUACAGCUUGCUGUUGUCGCUAACCCAUCGCAUCUUGAAGCUGUGAACCCUGUUGUACAGGGAAAGACAAAAGCUGAACAAUUCUACCGUGGCGAUGCCAGAGGCAAAGAAGUGAUGAGCAUUCUCCUUCAUGGUGACGCUGCAUUCUCAGGACAGGGCGUGGUCUACGAGACUUUCCAUCUCAGUGCUCUACCCCACUACACCACACAUGGGACAAUACACAUUGUGGUCAAUAACCAGAUUGGCUUCACCACCGAUCCACGCUACUCACGCUCUUCUGCAUAUUGUACUGAUGUUGCCAAGGUUGUGGAUGCUCCAAUCUUCCACGUCAAUGCAGAUGACCCAGAGGCAGUAAUGUAUGUGUGCAAGGUGGCUGCUGAGUGGAGAGCAGAAUUCAACAAAGAUGUGGUUAUUGACCUGGUUUGCUAUCGCCGUAAUGGCCACAACGAGGGAGAUAACCCAAUGUUCACUCAACCUCUCAUGUACAAGCGCAUCGCUAAGCAGACCCAGGUUCUCAACUCAUACUCUGAAAAGCUGAUAGCGGAGGGAAUAGUGACAAGCGCAGAGGUGCAGGAGGAGAUUGCCAAGUACGAGAAGAUCUGCGAAGAGGCCUUCAUUGAGGCCAAGUCUGAAAAACGGGUGUUAAAAAAUAGGGACUGGUUGGAUUCACCUUGGAAAGGGUUCUUCCCCAAGAACUAUGAAGUGACGGCCAUCAAGCCAACUGGUAUCACACUAGACAGGAUCAAGCACAUAGGCAAGACUUUCAGCACGCCCCCAGAUGGAGACUUCAAAAUCCAUGGAGGUCUAAGGCGUAUCCUGAAGGCCCGUGCUGAUCUCUUGUCCAAUGGCUAUGUGGACUGGGCAAUGGGUGAAGCUCUAGCCUUCGGUUCACUGUUGAUGGAGGGCAUCCAUGUCAGACUUAGUGGACAGGACGUCGAGCGCGGCACGUUUAGCCAUCGCCACCACAUUCUCCACUGCCAAGAGAAGGAUAAGCUGUUGUACUGCCCCCUCAAUGAUUUAAGUGCAGACCAGGCCGUCUAUACUGUUUGUAACAGCUCCCUCUCUGAGUAUGCUGUACUAGGUUUUGAGCUUGGAUUCAGUAUGACCAACCCCUAUGCCCUGAUUGUCUGGGAGGCCCAGUUUGGAGACUUCAACAACACUGCACAGUGCAUCAUCGACCAAUUCAUCAGCAGCGGUCAGGACAAGUGGGUGCGUCAAACUGGUCUUGUCAUGCUGCUGCCACAUGGAUAUGAGGGCAUGGGCCCCGAGCACUCAAGUGCGAGACCUGAACGAUUCUUGCAGAUGAGCAAUGAUGAUCCUGAUUUCUUCCCGCCGGAAGGAGAACUCUUUGAGGUCAACCAGUUGAUGAGUGCUAAUUGGCUGGUUCUUAACUGCAGCACUCCUGCAAGUAUGUUCCACGCCCUUCGCCGACAGAUGGCCAUGGACUUCAGAAAGCCGCUUGUGAUCUUCACGCCAAAGAGUCUGCUUCGUUUGGAGGCGGCGAGGUCGCACGUGGACGAGAUGGCAGACGGAACAAGCUUCCGGCGUAUCAUCCCCGAUGAAGGCCCCGCCUCUGAAAAUCCCGAGAAGGUGCGAAAACUACUCCUCUGCACUGGCAAGAUCUACUAUGAGCUGUUCAAGGAGCGGAGCAAGCGCGGGCUGACCGAAGAUAUCGCCAUCACCCGCCUGGAACAGAUCAGUCCAUUCCCGUUCGACCUCCUGAAGGCCGAGGCUCACAAGUACAGGAACGCGGAGAUCGUGUGGGCCCAGGAAGAGCCCAAGAACAUGGGCUACUGGGGCUAUGUCAGGCCCCGACUCGAGACCACGGUCGGCAAGACGGGCAAGAUCAGCUAUGCCGGGCGAGCUACUUCUGCGUCGACAGCUACUGGCAACAAGCACCAACACACGUCAGAACAGGAGGAACUGAUCAAGAACGCCCUCGACUAGCGGCUCUUGCGUGGAUAUCCCCGGAAUUUUAGGAUCGUUUUAUCUUGACUUUUAUCAACUAAAUCUAAGUAUCACUCCAAGUCUGGCUCAUUUCUCCUCCCCUGGAUGAAUUACGAAUUGUUUUACUUGGUAUCUCGUGUUAAGUAAAGUAGUAAACUCUUAGUGGGUUUGAGGUGUAUACUUCUGCGUAUUAUUAAGUAUAAAGACUAUCUCGAAUUACUAAAGCAAGAAAUUGAUUUUCGCGCUUACUAUAGAAGCUAAUUUAAUUAUUUGGCUCGGUUUGCUUCGUAUCUAGUUUUGAUUUACGAGGGAUGUAAAUAGAACGAUGGGAUAGAGGUAGUUACAAAACAGUCUCGGUGUGAUCCAAAUAACUAAAUAACUGAAUAACCUUAAAACUAUUUUCUGAGAGAAUGCAAUACGAUAGCUUUGUCUGUCUGUAUUUUACCGACCGAGAAAGAAAUAAUUGAAUAGAUGA